CAGCUGACACAGGAUGAUGAUGCCGAUGAGGUCGAGAUUGCCGUUGACAACACAGCCUUCAUGGAUGAGUUCUUCUCUGAGAUCGAGGAAACUCGGCUCAACAUUGACAAGAUCUCUGAGCAUGUAGAGGGGGCUAAGAAACUCUACAGUAUCAUUCUGUCUGCACCAAUUCCAGAACCAAAAACCAAGGAUGACCUAGAGCAGCUCACGACUGAAAUCAAGAAAAGGGCCAACAACGUCCGGAACAAACUAAAGAGCAUGGAGAGGCACAUUGAAGAAGACGAGGUCCGCUCGUCUGCAGACCUUCGUAUUCGAAAAUCCCAGCACUCUGUCCUCUCCCGGAAGUUUGUGGAGGUGAUGACCAAAUAUAAUGAGGCUCAAGUGGACUUUCGUGAACGCAGCAAAGGGCGAAUCCAGCGGCAGCUCGAAAUCACUGGCAAGAAGACCACAGAUGAGGAGCUAGAGGAGAUGUUGGAGAGUGGAAAUCCUGCCAUCUUCACUUCUGGGAUCAUUGACUCUCAGAUUUCCAAGCAAGCCCUCAGUGAGAUCGAGGGACGGCACAAAGACAUCGUGAGGCUGGAGAGCAGCAUCAAGGAGCUCCAUGACAUGUUUAUGGACAUCGCCAUGCUGGUGGAGAAUCAGGGCGAGAUGUUAGAUAACAUAGAGCUGAAUGUCAUGCACACAGUGGACCACGUGGAGAAGGCACGGGAUGAAACCAAAAAAGCCGUGAAAUACCAGGGGCAGGCCCGGAAGAAGUUGAUAAUUAUCAUUGUGGUAGUAGUUGUGUUGCUGGGCAUUUUAGCGUUGGUUAUUGGACUUUCCGUUGGGCUGAAAUAAGGGCGGCCCAAGAGGCUGCUGCACUGAAAUGUAUUUCUGAUCUUUCCUCUCCACCUUCUAGGUUUGUGGCUGAUUCUUAAUGUUGCCCUUCAACAUCAUCCUGUGCACUGAUCAGCUCCUCCUUCCCCUGCCUCCCUUAGAGCCCGAUUCUACUCCAGCCUGGUGUGGCCACCUUGUCUUCAGAUGGGAAUGGAGUUUGAAUGGCCUUCCCGAAAGAGGAUGGGACCCAUUUCUUUGUUUCCUGUGACCAUCCUUGGACCUGACGCAGCAAACCAUCUAGCCCUGGAGGAGUCUAAUCUACCUGAUGCAACCCUGAGUUUUCCUCAAAACCUGCAGUGUCUGAACCAGCCUGGCUUCUCCUUUCUCCCUCUACUGUGUCAAAUUUUUGCCUUGCACCUUGGAAAGCCAAUUAUUCAAAAUCUUCCCAAGGUGCUGUAUUUCUACCUCAUGGACUGUCAUUCUUCUCCCAGAAAUUGCAUUUUAUAUUUCUUAGGAGGGUUUCUUUAACAAAGCAAAGGGAUUCUUUCCAACAGUAAGGUGUGGACUUGAGUCUUCUACCUGGCAGGUUCCCAGUCCUCACAGUUUGUUGUCCCUGUGUCUUGAAAAUAUGAGGGAUUGGCAGAUGUCAUUUUGGUCUGAGAGCUGACUUGCUUGAAAUUCAGCCUUAAAUGAAGCUCUUAGUAUAUUUAGGUUAGUGGCCAGCUUCGCUAUUUGUCUGUGUUGUAUUCUCUCAUGUUUACUGUAGGUGGCGCCAGUGUGAUGCAAUCAUCUGAGGUUACCAUUUAUGUAGGCUGAGGAGAUGGGAUAUUUGUUUUCAGGGCUGAGUCUUGGAAACUGGUUGCCUACUGUUAAGGGUGAUGCUUUGUGAAGCCACUGCCUUGAAGCCAAAUAUUUUUUACUUAAAAAAAUGUUUGGCAUUUAACAUUGAGCCAGGAACAAGGUGCUUGAGUCUUUGGCUCUGGAAAUGUUUCAGACUGGUGCCAGCACUCCGUCACUCAUUUCAUGUGUUCCAGGUAAAUUUUUAUAAUUGGCUGAUGUAUAUAUCUCUUCAUGUGUCUCUCAUGAAGUAGGAAGCUAGAAGUGGAGAAUAUAACCUCAAAAAACAAACCACACACACACACCACACCACACCACACCACACCAUACCACACCAAAAAUAAACAAAACCCAACAACCUCGAGCUAGGCCAAAAAUUAGGUAAGAGACAUUGCUUACCUGCAAAUGAGUCAUAGUAGAAGUAGGAUCUUUCCAUGUCAUGGAGAAGCCUGCUGGUUCUGGAUGAUGACUGGGAGAAUCAUAGGUCUUUGGGGUGAGGACUAAGUUGAUCUCCAUUAAGUUUUUUCUGGUUAGCAGAGAUGUGGGAAGUUUUGAAACCUUUCACUAUCUGCUGCCUAGGCUAGGCUUGCCCCAGAGCAAUUUGAUAUCAUUUGUGUGACCUCUGGAAUGUCCUGUCUCCAGGGCCCAGUCUGUUGGGGGACACCAGGAACUACUGGGUAGCUCUUCUAUCAGGUUAAUAAGCUUGACAGGUGCUUUGUCUCCCAUAAUCUCAUCAGUGAGGAAGCAAUAGCUGGGAAAUUUUCAAGUGUCAUGACUGUGCUGGCCCAGUUUUGAGCCUCUUAGAUUCCCUGCUGGUCUCUGCCAGUCUGUCUGAUUUAUACUUCAGCAUUGAUUUUAAUGCUUUCUAGGGCAGGGUGAGCACCCUCAUCCAGACACUGCCCAUUGGCUUCCUUUGUAAAAGCUAUUUCCAGUCAUCGUCCAGCACUCAGACAGAGCCAAGGGGAUGCCUCUUGCCCAUGGCUAUGAAGUUGAAGUGGACUGGCUC